AAACAUGGUUGUGCAGUGUCUCUGGGAUGUAAUGUUUUGGAAUCCUUCAGGUGUACAGGAAUUGGUGCAGCUGGUAAUUCUAUGGACCUGAGCCAUAGAAACAACCUAUAAGCUGAGGGUCAGAGGACAAAGCCCAGACACUCAGGAGACCCUCUAUAUGGGGACACCAGACUAUCUAUCAUGAUCCAAGAAGCCAGACAAAAGGACUCUCACAGCCACAGCAGAAUGCAAGCGGACGGGGUCCUGUGAUGCCAUCAAGGGCCCAGAAAAGGGCAAGCUGGAUAUUUGUACGUGUCCCCAAGGCCCACCAAGGAGAACUGGUAGUAAACUUGGCCUGUAAUCAUCUCCUGGCUUUGGGCCAUGGCUCUUUUGCUGAAAUCCUGUCCCCAAGGCUAUUUUUCACAGAAGUCACCAGGUCUAUAAUGACAAGGUACACCCUGUAUCCCCGCAGUGGUUGUUUAACACCAUGAGCUUGGUGUCUUAUUCCAAGACCCUUAUGAGGAAAUCAAGAUUCCACGAUAGACUGAAGAGAAGAUAAGGAGCCACACCAGUGUCACCUAUCCAGACUGGUUUCAGACCCCGCGACAAGGGACUGAGGGCCAGCUUCUGAUGGACACCGAGAGCAUCCGACUGAGCAAUGAGAUCCUGUGGGCCCGGCUUGUGAGUCUGCUGAGCAAAAACCCAGAAUGGCUGAGUGCCAAGGUUAGGUUCUUCCUCCCGACCAUGGACCUGGACUGCAGCCAUGAGCCCUCCAACCCUGAGGUCACCCAUCGUCAGCUCAACAGGCUAUUCGCCCAAGGCCAGGCCACCUGGCAGUCUUUCAUCCAUACUCUGUGCUUGGAGCUUGAUGUGCCUCUUGACAUAGCGGUACCACUGCUGAGCAUCUGGGGCCCAAGAGAUGAAUUCUCUAAGCAACUAGGGGCAGGAGAGGAGAGCUGUCCUGGACCUGAGCUGCACCAUGGUGUCAAACGUCCUUUUCAGAGCUAUGGGUCCUCACCCCGUCGGAAGAAUAGCAAGAAGCAACAGCUAGAGUUGGCCAAGAAAUAUCUGAAGCUCCUGAAGACCUCUGCCCAACAGUGGCAUGGUGGUGCAUGCCCAGGAGCAUGGCUUACUCCUGACUCCCCACAGACCUACAUCCCCCCAAUUCUUCAGUGUAGCCAGGCUACGGCACCCUUGGAUGCUCAGGAGGGAGCCGCUGUAGGGGACCCUGAAGCACCCGACAACAUGGAUGUGAGCAUCCAGGAUCUCUUCAGCUUCAAGGCUCACAAGGGACCUCGAGUGACAGUACUACUGGGAAAGGCUGGGAUGGGUAAGACCACUCUGGCGUAUCGGCUCCGCUGGAGGUGGGCUCAAGGUCAGCUGGACCGCUUCCAGGCUCUGUUCCUGUUUGAGUUCCGCCAGCUCAACAUGAUCACACAGUUGCUGACCCUGCCCCAGCUCCUCUUUGAUCUGUACUUGAGGCCAGAGUCAGAGCCUGAUGCUGUCUUUCAGUACCUAAACGAGAACGCUCAUCAAGUCCUACUGAUCUUUGAUGGGUUGGAUGAGGCUCUCCAUGCUGACUCCGUGGGUACCGCAGGCUCGGCCCUCACCCUUUUUUCUGAACUCUGCCAUGGGAACCUCCUGCCAGGCUGCUGGGUGAUGACCACCUCUCGUCCUGGGAAAUUGCCUUCCUGUGUGCCCACAGAGGCAACCAUGAUAUACAUGUGGGGCUUUGAUGGGCUGCGGGUAGAGAAGUAUGUUACCCACUUCUUCAGUGAUCUUCUGUCUCAGGAACUGGCCUUGAAAGAAAUGAGAACCAACGCACGUCUCCGGGGUAUGUGUGCAACACCUGCGUUGUGUACAGUCACCUGCUUCUGCCUCCGCCGUCUGCUUCCUGGAAGCUCCCCGGGGCAGUCUGCAGCGCUCCUGUCCACCAAAACCCAGUUGUACCUGCAGAUGGUGGAAACUUUUAGCCCCAGUGGGACUCUUCCUGACACAUCCAUAUUGGGCUUUGGAAAGGUGGCCCUUAGGGGACUGGACACUGGGAAAGUCAUCUUCUCUGUGGAAGAUGUCUCUCCCCAACUGAUGGCUUUUGGAGCUGUCCACAGCCUCCUGACCUCCUUCUGUAUCCAUACCCACCCUGGGCAUGAAAAAAUAGGCUAUGCUUUUAUCCAUCCCAGCCUCCAGGAGUUCUUUGCUGCUCUGUAUCUGAUGGCCAGUCACACAGUGGACAAAGACACACUCGUCGAGUAUGUCACCCUCAAUUCCCACUGGGUGCUGAGGACCAAAGGUAGACUGGGCCUCUCGGACCAUCUCCCUGCCUUCCUGGCAGGCCUAGCCUCCCACACCUGCCACACGUUCCUCUGCCAACUGGCUCAGCAAGACGCAGCCUGGGUGGGCUCCAAGCAGGCCGCUGUGAUCCAGGUGCUAAGGAAGUUGGCUGGCCGGAAGCUCACAGGGCCAAAGAUGAUAGAGUUGUAUCACUGUGUGGCUGAGACCCAGGAUCUGGAGUUGGCGAGGUUCAUUGCCCAAAGCCUUCCCUUCCACCUCUCCUUCCACAAUUUCCCUCUGACCCGUGCAGACCUGGCUGCACUGGCCAACAUUUUGGAGCAUAGGGAUGUCCCCAUUCACCUGGAUUUUGACGGCUGCCCACUGGAGCCCCACUGCCCAGAGGCUCUGGUAGGGUGUGGACAGGUGGAGAAUCUCAGCUUUAAAAGCAGAAAGUGUGGGGAUGCCUUUGCAGAAGCCCUAUGCAGGAGCUUGCCUACUAUGGGGAGCCUGAAGAUGCUGGGGUUAACAGGAAGUAAGAUUACAGCCCAAGGCAUCAGCCACUUGAUACAGGCUUUGCCCCUCUGUUCCCAGCUAGAGGAGGUCAGUUUGCAUGACAACCAGCUCAAGGACCCAGAGGUGUUGAGUCUUGUGGAGCUGCUCCCUUCCCUGCAGAAGCUCCAGAAACUUGACCUGAGCCGAAACAGCUUCUCCAGGUCAAUCCUCCUAUCCUUGGUGAAGGUGGCCAUCACAUGUCCUACUGUCAGGAAGCUGCAGGUCAGGGAAUCGGACCUCAUCUUCUUUCUGUCCCCGGUCACAGAGACAGCUACACAGCCAUCAGGAGCAUCAGAUGUACAAGGCAAAGACAGCCUGAAGGAAGGACAGAGUCGAAGCCUGCAACUCAGGCUUCAGAAAUGUCAGCUCAGGGUCCAUGAUGCAGAAGCCCUUGUGGAGCUAUUCCAGAAAGGCCCCCGGCUGGAGGAAGUGGAUCUUUCAGGGAACCAUCUGGAAGACGACGGCUGUCGACUUGUGGCAGAGGCCGCUUCACAGCUUCACAUUGCCCAGAAACUGGACCUCAGUGACAAUGGCCUCUCUCAGACUGGGGUGACCUAUGUGUUGAAAGCCAUAAGCACAUGUGGGACCCUGGAAGAGCUGCACAUCAGCCUGCAAAGCAGCACCGUGGUGCUCACAUUUGCCCAGGAGCCGAGGGAGCAGGAGGGGAGCUGUAAGGGGAGGGCACCACUUAUCAGCUUCGUGUCUCCUGUGACCUCCAAGUUGUCCCAGAGAUCUCGAAGGAUCAGGCUGACACACUGUGGCUUCCUGGCCAAGCACACAGAAAAGCUCUGUGAGGCACUGAGAGCCAGCUGCCAGACCCACCACCUGGAUCAUCUUGACCUAUCAGACAACUCUUUGGAGGACAAAGGAGUGAUCCUACUAACCCAGCUGCUCCCAGGACUGGGUCCCCUGAAGUCCUUGAACCUCAGCAGGAAUGGCUUGUCCAUGGAUGCUGUGUUUAGCUUGGUCCUGUGUCUGUCUUCCCUGCAGUGGGUGUUCCACUUAGAUGUCAGCCUUGAGAGUGACUGCAUCUUCCUUCGAGGAGCUGGGACCAGCAGGGAUGCACUAGCUGGUGGACCGAAAUUCCAGACUGGAGCCCAGGUACUGGAGCUGAGUCAGCGGGACACCUCCAGGAGCUUCUGCCUUCAAGAGUGUCAGCUGGAACCCCUGAGCCUUGCCUACCUCUGUGCCACUCUGGAGAAGUGCCCAGGGCCUCUGGAGGUCCAAUUGUCCUGCAAGGCCCUGAGUGAUGAUAGUCUGAAGACCCUGCUGCAGUGCCUGCCCCAGCUGCCUCAGCUCAGCCUGCUGCAGCUGAGACACACAGUUCUGUCUUCAAGAAGCCCCUUCUUGCUGGCUGACGUCUUCAACCUGUGCCCACGGGUUCGGAAGGUCACUCUCAGGUUCCUAUGCCAUGCUGUUCUACACUUUGACUCCAAUGAGGAACAAGAGGGUGUAUGCUAUGGCUUCCUGGGAUGCAACCUCAGCCAGGAGCAUAUGGAAACACUGUGCUGUGCACUGAGCAAGUGCAAUGCCCUCAGCCAGCUUGACCUCAUGGACAAUCUGCUGGAUGACAGCGGGCUCAGGUGCCUUCUGGAGUGCCUGCCACAGCUGCCCAUCUCUGGGUGGCUUGACCUCAGUCACAACAGUAUCUCUCAGGAAGGGAUCCUGUACCUGCUGGAGACUCUGCCUUCCUACCCUCAUAUGCAAGAGGUCUCUGUGAGUCUGGGCUUUGAGCAGAUCUUCCGAAUGCGCUUCUCCAAAGAGGAAGGAGCCGGGACAUCGCUGAGGCUAUGUGAAUGCAACUUCAGCCCAGAUCAAGUAUCCAGAUUGGCUUCCAGCCUGAGCCAGGCCCAACGGCUGACAGAGCUCUGGCUGACCAAGUGUCGCUUGGACCUGCCACAGCUGACCACGCUCCUGAACCUGGUGAAUCGGCCAACAGGCUUGCUGGGCCUCAGGUUGGAAGAACCCUGGGUGGGUUCUGUCAGCUUACCAGCUCUAAUGGAAGUCUGUGCCCAGGCCUCAGGAUGUCUCACUGAGUUAAGCAUCUCUAAGAACGAAAGGAAGCUGUGGCUCCGACUGGAAUUUCCUCACCAAGAAGGCAACUCUGAUGCCGUGGCUCUCAGGUUGGCUCACUGUGACCUGGGGACCGAGCACAGCCAUCUUAUGAGACAGUUGGCGGAGACAUGUGCCAGACUGCAGCAACUGAGCUUGUCUCAGGUUAGCUUCAGUGACGGUGAUGGCACCAGCUCCAAGCUGCUGCAGAACAUCCUGCUAUCAAGCUGUGAACUGAAGAGCUUCAGGCUGACCCUCAGCCUCGUGAGCAUAGAGAGCCUCGCCCACCUGGCAUCUGGUCUGGGACACUGCCACCAUCUGGAAGAGCUGGACUUCUCUAACAACAGUCUCUGUGAGGACACAGAGCUACUGAUCGGAGCCCUUCAGAGAACCUGCAGACUGAAGAGGCUGCACCUCAGUCACUUACCACUGGGAGCCUCCUCUCUGGACUUGCUCAUUCAAGGACUAAGCCGAAUGACUCUACUGCAGGACCUUUGCUUGAGGCACAACCAGAUCGGAGAUGUGGGUACCCAGCACUUAGCUGCCAUCUUGCCAAGGUUGCCAGAACUCCGGAAAUUAGAGUGAGUCUCCGCCCCAC